GGAAUUCACGUCAAGUAAAGGACUGUAGUUUGGAAACUGUGAAGCCGUGUUUUACUUCAAGAUGUAACAUCUUUUUUGGUGAUGAGGAUAAAGACGCCGCUUCAGAUAAGUGAAACUUCUGCUCGGACGGGAGGAGAGUCAUUAAAAAAGAAAAGAAGAAGAAGAAACGGCUACGAUUGGCAUGCUGGCUGCAUUUGAUAGUAAAAAUCAAACCUGGGAAGAAUAGUGUGAAAUAAUGGAGCCGUUUUUUGCGGCCAAUGACAUUGCUAAAUGGAGAUAGACAAAGAGCUAGUGUCGUCGGAGCAUCAACUUAUAGCUUGAUGAGGAACAUUCUCAGUCCAGACAGGCCGAAGGAUAAGACCUACCAGGAGCUUGUAAACCUGCUUAAGAAUCAUUUUGACCCAAAGCCAAGUGAAAUAGUGCAACGGUACAAAUUUGAUUCAAGAAGUCGUAUGCCUGGAGAGUCAGUGAUGGAUUUUGUUGCAGAGUUGCGUCGGGUUGCACAGGACUGUAAUUACGGGGACACCUUACAGCAGAUGUUAAGGGACAGAAUCGUCUGUAGUAUCAAUGAUGACAGAAUUCAAAGACGUCUUCUAGCAGAAACAGACUUAACUGUUGAUAAAGCUUUGUCAAUUGCUGUAGCGUCUGAGACCGCAACAGGAAAUGCACAGGAUUUGCAAAACCCCGGCGCAAAAUGUUUUAAGGUGAAACAGGGAUCACCUGUGGUUGAUAAGAGUCCAGGAGUUGUUAAAGAGUGCUACAAAUGCAAAGGACAGCAUAACACCUCAGAAUGUCGGUUCAAGAGUGGAAAAUGCCACGCCUGUGGGAAUUUAGGGCACAUAGCAAGAGCCUGUAGGGACAAGAAAACGCAAAAGUGGGGACAGAAACCGGAGGAUCGGAAAAAGAAGACGACUCGGAGUGGAAUCUACAGGUCACACAAGGUGCAAGUGAAACAAGAAGACUGUCAGAGUUCGGAAGAAGGGGAUCCUGUGAAGGUGAUCGGAACUGCUGUUGUUAAUGUAAAGUACCAUCAACAGAGCGCUACACUGCCCAAUUUGCUAGGACGGAGCUGGCUGGAAAAGAUUUGUCUGCAUUGGAAAGAGAUAAAAAGAAAUGCAGGUCAAGAGGAAAAUAGAUCAGUGCACAGGAAGGCACUGCACCUAUCUGAAAAGAAGGUAUUCAAGAAUGAAUUGGGGACAUUAAGAGGUACCAAAGCAACCAUUCAUGUAAAGGACAAUCCAGUUCCACGUUUCUUUUGA